AUCAGCACGCUGGUGAGCGCCAAGGACCGGGCGCUGCGCAGCGAGCAGGCGGUUCGUGCGCGCGUCGGCCAGGCGGUGAACCUGGCCGUGGAGCGGUUCGUGUCGGUCGGCGAGGCCCUGGCUGACGACAACGUCGAGAUCAAGCUCGACAUGUACGACGCGUGCCGCAGCGCGCGCGCCGCCGGCGCCAGCAUCGAGCAGCUGUGCGACGUGCGGAUGGACGAGGCCUCCGAAGACCGGGGCGCUCUGGCCAGGGCCGCGCGCGCCCUGCUGGCCUCCGUCACCCGUGUGCUCCUCCUAGCAGACACCGUCGUGGUCAAGCAGCUUCUCAGCGCCAAAGACAGGGUAUCUAUAAGCUUGAAUCGCCUUGAGAAUGUCGCUAACUUCACGGAGUUUGUGAAGGCAUUCAGCCAGUUCGGCACCGAAAUGGUUGAGCUGGCUCAUCUCACUGGAGAUAGACAGAACGACAUGAAAGACGAGAAGAGGAGAGCCCAGAUGGCUUCAGCGAGGAUGAUCCUCGAGCGCUCUACGAUGCUGCUGCUCACCGCCUCAAAGGCCUGCCUGAGGCACCCGGAGUGCGAGACGGCGCGGGAGAACCGCGACACGGUGUUCCUGCAAAUGCGCCGCGCCAUGGACCUGGUGCACUUCGUGGUCAAGGACGGUGUAAUACCGGAGCUUGCCUGCGCCGCCUCCUCUUCGUCCGAGUACCGCCGCAAAGGUGCCCGCAGGGGCUCCUGGCGCCUCGACGAGUUUGACCGGUGUGCCACCGUCCACAACGCCGUCAAGAUGUUCGAGGACCUGGUGGAGACAAUGCGCAUGACGCUGGUGGGGCCCAGCUGCCGUGAGCGGUUGUCGAGUGCCUUAGAUGCGGUGGUGGAGCGCACGCAAGACUUCACCGACUCGGCCUACACGUCGCAUGAGCACCGCGAGAAAAUUCUCCUGCUUUGCGACAGGGCCAAGCUCGAGCUCAACCAGCUCCUCAGGAUCGGCGUCAGCCUGGAUCAGGCAGGUUGUACGUCUCCCAACGAGGACCUUGAAAAUGCCAUCGAGCAGACGCUAAGGGCUACAGCAGACCUCAAGCAACAGCUUCGGGAUACAGCACUUGACCACGCGGAUGAGCUGUUCAAAACGAUGGACGAAGGUGAGCUGCUCAACAGGCUGAAGAAUGCCUCGCUCGCCGGAGACCACACAAUGCUCGAGGAGUAUGCGGACAAAUUCGCCGAGCAUGCUGAACACGUCCAGGAGGUGUGUCGGCUUCUCUAUCAUGUGGCAAGCACGGAGGCCCUCCAGGUGACUGCCAAAAAUACGGAUGCCUGUCUCAAGGUCUAUGGCUCCCAAGUGGUGAGUGCCUGUCAGACCCUGAGCACGCACCCGGUGAGCAAGAUUGCCAAGGAGAACGUGGAAGUGUUCAUGGAGGUUUGGCAGUCGCUAGUGAACGACGUAGCCUCGAUAUCUCGAGAGGCUAGCCAGCAGUGCCGGAAGCCUGCGCAGGGCCCUGACGGCGCGCGGUCUGUCUACAUGUCGCUGCCAAGGCCCGGGCGCCAUGGCACAACAAGCAAGCCCUUAAAGCCCAUGAAGCUUGACACUGAGGAGCAGGCCAAGAUCGCCAAGCUCGGCCUCGAGAUGAAGCUGUUGACAUCGGAGAUGGACGCCGAGACGGAGAAGUGGCCUGCCGCCGAGAACGACAUCGUAGGCCGGGCACGCGCCAUGUCUCAGAUGGCCUUCUCCAUGUACCAGUUCACUCGAGGAGAGGGUGACCUCAAGACCACACAGGACCUCUUCACUCAAGCUGAGUUUUUUGCAGAAGAAGCCAACAAGCUCUACAAGGUUGUACGGCAGUUUUCCUACCAGGUUCCCUCGGGACAGCACAAGAAAGAACUGCUUGAGUUUCUGGACAAGGUGCCCACAUUUGUCCAGCAGCUACAGUUCACGGUGAAGAACCCAACAGUGGGGAAGGCGGCUACUUUUACCAAGGUUGACAAUGUCAUCCAAGAAACAAAAAACCUGAUGAAUGUCAUCUCUAAAGUGGUUACAACCUGUCUAGUCUGUGCAACAAAGUACAACCUGGACUUCCGUGGCUCGGAAAGUGGCCGGGCGCACUCUCAGUGUGGCUACCAGGACGAGGAGUACAGCUACAGUGACGGAGGUGGCAGCACGGGAUUUGGGUCUAAGGGUGGCCCAGGAGCAGUCAGCUCAUCAGACCCGGGCAUCUGACAGUACGGGAUGGGCCCCCGAAGGCCCAAGCAGGACGCCCGCCGCACUAGGGUGUCUUUUUUACUCUUUUAGGGUCAAAAUCCAAGCGGGACUAAGCAGCUGUGGCUAUGGGCUGGCAACGAGUGGCACUGAAGGCUGGCGACGUUCACCGCGUGCCUAACCAAUGCAUGCGUCACAUCGGCAGUCGUGCAUGCCUUCUUUGCCGGCUCAGCUGCGGUUCGGUAGUUCUGCCUUGAUCACUGACUCCACGUAGCUGCAGUGCCUGACAAUGCUCGAGUUCUUAACAAGUAAUUCUUUUGACAAAAUGCAUGCAUUGGCAAUGUAUGGCUUUUCAUUCUGACCAAAAUAUUUUGUGUGCUUUUCUACCUCUGUGACCAACCUAACCUACAUCUGAUGACAUACUUGAAAAAUCUACAUGCGAGCAUCACCUUUAUUUCAGAUUUGUCUAAUUAUGUGUUGUUCAGUGCAUGGCUGAAUUGUGUUCAUGGUGUUGCAGAACUGUGCGCUGCAGGUCAGUGGUCAGAGCAGAUGUGGUCCUGUCUGCCCCACUCUUGACGUGCGCUGCCCAGUCGCCGGAAUAGAACCAAAGUGAGCUCUAAAUCACACUAUAACUCUGCAUUUGUGUCUAAUGCACCCAGUACUAACCAUCCACUGGAAUGCGCUGAUGCCUACUAGACCUAG